CACCCAUUGUUACGAGUAAUAAACCACAACCAGCUGUAGAGUGUGAGUGUCAUAUAGCAAGUUGCAUCACCAUUGACAUGGCCCCGAGCAGCAAGGUUGCUGCUGUUAUGAACGGCCAGCCGAUGAUCAACAACAGCGGUCAGAGCAGCACACUGCAGGCUCCGGCCGUUGGAGCCGACACAGGCGACAAGGAAUUUGCGCCCUCUGUAUGGGGUGAUUUCUUCGUCACCUAUGUCCCUCCUGUCUCGCAGGGAUCAGAGGAACGGAUGAGGGAGAGGUCGGAGCAGCUCAAGGGGCAAGUACAUCAGGUGUUCAAUGCCAGCUUCGAUGCCCUAGAUGUAGCUGAUUUGGUGACCUAUGUCGACACGCUUGAACGUCUUGGCUUAGACAACCACUUCCGUGAGGUGAUCGGGGCUGCAUUAGAUCGAAUCCGGGCAGAGGAGCCAGAGUCUAACAGCCUACACAUUGUCGCACUUCGGUUUCGCCUACUUCGGCAGCAUGGGAUCUGGGUAUCUGCAGAUGUGUUCGACAAGUUCAGAGAUGACACAGGCAGUUUCAGCUCAAGCCUUUGCAGUGACCCUAGGGGCCUGUUGAGCUUGUACAAUGCAGCUCACAUGGCCGUACCAGGUGAGGUGGUUCUCGAUGAGGCCAUCGUCUUUACGAGGGGCCAACUUGAGGGCAUCAAAAGCAAGGUCAGGUCACCAAUAUCAAAGCAAAUCUCUCGUGCUCUCGACAUUGCCCUCCCGCGGUUCACAAGACGGCUUGAAACCAUGCAUUAUAUUACAGAGUAUGAGCAUGAAGAGGCACACGACAGCCUAAUACUUGAGCUUGCUAGGCUAAACUUUAUCCUUGUUAGAGCCCUUCACCUUAGGGAGCUCAAGGAUCUAUCAAUAUGGUGGAGGGACCUUUAUGACACUGUGAAGUUACCGUAUGCUCGAGACCGUUUGGUGGAGAACUACUUUUGGACCUCUGGGGUGUUGCAUGAAGAAGAGUACUCACUGGCACGUAUGUUUUUUGCCAAGGCAUUUGGAAUGGCCUCACCAUUGGAUGACACAUUUGAUGCUCAUGCCACUCUAGAGGAAUGCCACAAGCUCCAAGAAGCUAUGCAGAGAUGGGAUGAAAGUGAGGCUUCUAUUCUACCUGAAUAUCUAAGCAUGUUGUAUAUCAAAACCCUUAGAAACUUCAACGAGUUUGAGGAUAUUUUGGAACCAAACAAGAAGUACCGCAUGGUUUACGCAAAAGAGGCUUACAAGUUGUUCACCCAAAAUUACCUUCAAGAGGCCAUCUGGUCCAGCAAGAAGUACUCGCCAAGCUUGAAGGAACAUGAGGACUUGUCAAUCAUGACGUCUGGUCUGCCGAUGCUUACAAUCAUGACAUUGAUGGGCUAUGGUGAUGAGGCAACCCAGGAAGCAUUCGAAUGGGUGAGCACUGUACCCGAAAUGGUCCGUGCUAGUGCACAUGUCACUCGCCUCCUCAACGAUUUGUCUUCUUACAAGUUGGGAAAGCGUAAGAAGCAGGAUAUGCCUAGCGCCGUGGAGACCUACAUGGUAGAGAAAGGCGUAACUGGGGAAGAGGCUGUGAAAGCAAUAGCAGCACUUCUAGAGAAUAGGUGGAGAAUAUUAAACCAGGAAAUCAUGGAUAUAGAUCACACACUAUUGCCAGCAGCGCAGCUGGUGGUCAACAUAGCAAGGGCUACUGAGAUCAUUUACGUCCACGGCAGGGACGCCUACACCUCUGGUGAAGACCUCAAAGACCUUGUCACCACACUAUUCCUCAAGCAAGUGCCUCUGAUCUAGCUACAUAACAGUUUAUAAUCACACGAUCAGGUGCCCUGCUGUGUUGUAUUAAUAAUAAGCUUAUAUAUUGUUCCAGUAUGCAUGUGAUAAAUGUACACAUGUAUGAAUGGUAAUAUGUAGCACCAGUAAUGCAUAAGGAAUAAUUAUAAUAGGUUUGAUAAUGAUCAAAUUUAUUGAAGGUU